AUGAACCCGCUCCUGGAGUCCACGCUUUCGCUAUUGAUUCCAACUAUCAUUCUGAUCUAUCUGUUCUGGGCUCCAUUCACAAAAGUCGAAGAAUCAUUCAACAUCCAAGCAAUCCAUGACAUCCUCACGUAUGGAAUCCCCACAAAAGACGUAAAUCUAAGGCUUGCCGAAGAAUACGACCAUGUCACCUUUACAGGCUCCGUUCCCCGAACGUUCGUUGGUGCUCUGGUACUGGCCGGACUCUCCAAGCCUUGGCUUGGGUGGCUGAGAACCGCUUUCCAAGCGCAGCUGUUGGCACGCGGAAUACUGGGCCUUCUCAAUGCCGCCGCUCUCACGUAUUUACGCCGAGCGGCGACCAAGGUGUAUGGAAAGACCGCCGGAAUCUGGUUUGUCCUGCUGCAGGCUAGCCAGUUUCAUGUGAUGUACUAUGCUUCCAGAACGCUGCCCAACAUGUAUGCGUUUUGCCUCAGUACGGUUGCGCUAGCUUCCUGUCUCCUCGUUGUUGGAGACCCGUUAAGCGAUGUACGAGAUGGGACCCAUAAGUAUCAGCGGCUUUGCCUCUACCUGCUCACAUUGGCCGGCGUCAUCUUCCGCUCAGAGCUCGCCAUUCUAGUUGGGACAAUCACUCUCGUUUUCCUCUUGAUAUACCGCUCGCCACUACCGCGCGCUAGCAUACUCCCCGGCAUCGCUGGCCUAGCAAUCGGACUCCUGCUCACGAUACCCGUGGACACUUUCUUCUGGCGCACCUAUCCCAAGCCCCUCUGGCCCGAACUCGAAGCCUUCUGGUACAACACGAUCCAAGGGAAAUCUUCCGACUGGGGCACCAGCCCAUGGCACUACUACUUCCUAAACGCUGUCCCCAAACUCCUACUCAACCCCUUAACCUAUCUGCUGCUCAUCCCAGUAGCAGUCAUCAAUCCAGCAACGCGCAAGGCAAGCACUCGUCUCCUACUUCCCCUCCUCAGCUUCGUGGCGCUGUACUCCCUACUUCCGCACAAGGAGUGGCGCUUCAUUAUCUACGUCAUUCCAGGCCUGACCGCCGUCGCCGCGGCAGGCGCGGCAUGGAUCUGGGACCGUCGCGCCAAGAGCACUACACACCGGCUCCUGUCUUUGGCGCUGGUCGGAUCAGUGCUCGCGUCCUUCGCCGCCAGCUUCGCGCUCCUCGCUGUAUCCAGCACGAACUACCCCGGCGGCGAAGCCAUGAUACGCCUCCACUCCAUCAUGGCAAACGAGACGGGAGUCGUGAGGAUACACGCGGAUAACCUGGCUUGCCAGACGGGGCUUACGCGGUUCCUGGAGCAUGUACCGGUUGAGACGGCGUCGGAUGACGCAGGGGUGCUGAGGCCGACGUCGAAGUUGCUGGUUGACAAGACAGACGACACGGAUAAGCUGCUUAAUCCGGCGUUUUGGGUACAGUUCGAUUACGCACUGGCGGAGAGGCCGGAGAAGGCGAUUGGGAAGUGGGAGGUGCUGGAUACUGUGUACGGCUUUGCAGGAGUCGAGCUUGUGAGGCCGGAAAGGUCUAGCGAGGACGCGCGUACUGAGGAAGGUAUGGGUCAAGCUGAAGAUGGCAGCAUCGAACAGAAGAAUCUGCGCGGGAUCUGGAGGAUCUGGCAUCAGCUGGAGAGGAAGUUUAGUCCUAUUACGAGGGGGUGGUGGAUCAGGGUUAAGAUGGAGCCGAAGAUCCAUAUUCUUAAGCGGCUUGAGAUGUAG